CGGCAGCAGCACGAUGCGGGAGGCGCGGUUCAGGGACAACUUCUGGAGCACGGACCUGACCAGCACAGUUGGCUACGACAGCAUCAUCCAGCACCUGAACGAUGGCAGGAAGAACUGCAAGGAGUUUGAAGACUUUCUGAAGGAAAGAGCAAUUAUAGAAGAAAAAUAUGGCAAGGAGCUCAUUAACUUAUCGAAGAAGAAGCCCUGUGGGCAGACAGAGCUGAACACGCUGAAGAGAUCCCUUGAUGUUUUCAAGCAACAGAUAGACAAUGUGGGACAAGGUCACAUCCAGCUGGCGCAAACCCUUCGGGAGGAGGCAAAGAAGAUGGAGGAUUUCAGGGAAAAGCAAAAGCUGCAUCGGAAAAAGAUAGAGCUGAUAAUGGAGGCCAUUCACAAAAACAGGAAUCUUCAGUACAAGAAGACCAUGGAGGCCAAGCGUCUGUACGAGCAGCGCUGCCGCGACAAGGACGAGGCGGAGCAGGCCGUGCACCGCAAUGCCAACCUGGUCACGCAGAAGCAGCAGGAGAAGCUGUUCCUGAAGCUGGCUCAGACGAAAUCAGCACUGGAGGACACUGACAGGAGUUACCAGCAGAGUGUGACCACAAUGGAGAAGAUCCGGGAGGAAUGGCAGAACGAGCACAUCAAAGCUUGUGAGUUCUUUGAGACUCAGGAGUGCGAGCGGAUCAACUAUUUCCGUAAUGCCCUCUGGCUCCACGUCAACCAGCUCUCCCUGGGCUGUGUUCAGAAUGAUGAGAAAUACGAGGAAAUCCGCAAGAGUUUAGAAAUGUGCAGCAUUGAGAAGGAUGUUGAUUUUUUUGUAAAUUUACGCAAAACUGGAAGUUUGGCUCCAGCUCCUGUUGUUUAUGAAAACUACUAUAAUGCCCAGAGAAAUGUGACUCCUGCGAGAAGUCCAGCUCCUGUGCCUAUAUCAAGGAGGGGACCUCUGCCCACCCCGACCAGUGCACCAGGGGAGCCUGAUUAUGCCACAGUGGAUGGCUACAGCUUGGUACAUUUCUAACAGUCACAGUUUUCCAGAAGGCAGAAGACACUGUUGGUCUGACCAGCAUGGCAGAGAUGGUGUUUUCAGUUAUUCCCAGACACCCAGAGCUGAAGUGAUUCUGCUUUUCAAGAGAAUAUUUGAGGACUAUGAUAAUUAUUUGUACAUUCAGAAAGCGCUUACUAAAAACCUGUGCCUUUGAUCAGCAAACUCCUUGUAUGGAUCUUCACACUCAGAGGAGGAAAAGGACCAGACACAGGGGUGACCUGUGUCAGAAGAAGGUUUUGAUUUGAAAUUAUUCUGAAGUGUAGCCAUCUAGAAAGUCUGGGGCCUCCCACUCUCUGUAUAACUAAGAAGUUGUUUGUGCAGGGAGGAGUGCUGCACGAUGCUUUGGGCACGCUGGCUUGUGUCCAGGGUAUGUGCAUCCCUCCCAGAUCUCAGGUUUUGCCUGUUCCUAAAGGCUCUUGCCUGUACCUAAAGUCUUUCAUAAGUGGGGAUUAAACUUUAGGUGAAAUUUAGGUGAAAUUUUAGGUCAUUUAGAUGAAAUUUUACUCAUAUUUCUCAGAAAUCUUACUUAGAGGGGCACCAGCAUUUGCACCACGUGUCUGUCUUAGCUGUAGCUGUGCUCCAGGGUUAAGUGGAAGCUGCUUUGCAUCUACCCAGGGAGGGGCUGUGUCACAUCCAACCUGCUGGGAGGUCCCAGGAAGGUCCUAAGGAAUUUAUUCAACUCUUCCAGCCACCUCUCUGAUGAGGGUCUUGUGGGCUUUUAGGUUUAUCAGGUUGCCCCUGGUAAGCUCUGGAGACCAGGCUGGAUGGGGCUUGGAGCCACCUGAUCUAGUGGAAGGUGUCCCUGCCCGUAGCAGGGAGUUGGAACUGAUGCCUUUUUGGGACUACCUAAAAACAGAGUCCAGAUGAAACUAAA